UCACAGCUACCAGGAAGCGAUGUGUAAACAGGACGAAAUGACUUUACGCUACUUUGUAGUAACUUCGGCCACAUUAUUGACACUUUGAUAUAAUCUAUAUCUUUAUAAUGGAGCCUCGAGACUCGUGUAGCUGCUUCACGUGACCAUGUGUUGAAGUGAAGGACAACUUUCAGACAGACACCAGCAUGAUCAAACACACGCUCCAUGCCUGCAGACGUGCCCUCUCUCCCGGGCUGCGCUGCUUCUCUCAGACUUCCGGCGGCGAAAUAAUUGAGGAUUUAUUUGAGCGGACAGGCUCUGCACAUCUCACGAAGCAGGCGUCUCUCUACGUGCACUGGCCCUACUGUCUCAGACGGUGCUCCUACUGCAACUUUAACAAGUAUAUACCCAGAGAGGACAAUGACCACAUGAUGACUGAGUGCCUUCAGAGGGAGACUGAAACACUGCUGCAGCUCAGUCAGGUGUCCUGCAUUACCUCAGUGUUUUUUGGUGGUGGGACUCCAAGCCUGGCUCCACCCUCAACCAUUGCUGCAGUCCUUGAAACUGUUUCCAGGCGGGCGCAUCUCUUGGAUAAAGCUGAGGUCACGCUCGAGGUCAACCCUACUCCUGUAGGAAAGUCAAAGUUAGAGGACUAUUGGCAUGCAGGGGUAAACCGAUUCUCCAUCGGCGUCCAGUCUUUGCAGGAUGAGGAUUUGAAAGUUUUGGGAAGAGACCACAGCUCCCAUCAGGCUUUGCAAACUGUAGAAGAGGCCAGGAGGCUGUGCCCCGGGAGAGUGUCGGUGGAUGUCAUGUUCGGGCGACCCAACCAGAGCGUUAAAUCCUGGGAGAAUGAGCUGUGCGAGCUGUUGAGAGUGUCCGAUGACCACGUGUCUCUGUACCAGCUGACCUUGGAGCGAGGCACCCAGCUGUUUAAACAGGUGCAAGCAGGAAAGGUGACAAUGCCCGCUGAAGAGGUGACAGCAGACAUGUAUCAGUGCGCCAGGAGGAUUCUCCACCAGCAUGGCUUCCUGCAGUAUGAGGUGUCUAACUUUGCAAGAAAUAACGCAGUGAGUCAUCACAAUACAAGUUACUGGAAGGGAAGACAGUACAUCGGCGUCGGCCCAGGAGCACACGGACGGUUUGUUCCUGUGGGGGAGGGAGGUGUCAUCCGGGAGGCGCGGACCCAGACUCUGGAGCCUGACGUCUGGAUUCAUGAAGUCCAGCAGAGGGGACAUGGGACACGGAGGCGGAUUCGCCUCAGCUAUCUUGAACUAUUGGAGGAGGUGUUGGUGAUGGGAAUGAGAAUGACCCAGGGCAUUCAUCACAAGCACUGGGAGUUGUUUAGCCCUCAGCUGGCCCUCCAUGAUGUCUUUGGAACAUCCAUCGAUGUCCAAGAGUUGCUACAGAGAGGACAACUCAUUCUUGAUGACAGAGGCCUGCGAUGCUCCUGGGAUGGACUGGCCUUACUGGACAGCAUCCUGCCAGCUCUGCUGGUGGAGCUGGAAAGACAAAUCAGUCAGAGGCUACACAGGGACCACCACUGUGCUGAUGGACAAACAAAGAGGACUUGCAACCCACGAUGACAGUAAUGUUGAUAGAGCGGAUAACUUCAGCAAAAGUUUGUGGGUUACACUGACAGGACUUGUGAAAAAUCCUUAAAACAGGCAGAUUCAUAGGUCAAGUCUGACCUAUUUAUUAUUUAUGUUUAAUAUUGAGAUAGCUUGGAUCUUUUGAAGUGUGGUUGUACGAGGUACUUGGCCAUAGUCAGUGUAUUAUAUAAAGAAAAUGUUGCUCAGCCCCCAGUUUAGAGAAGCAAGUACAAGUACCAACAGAGAAGCUAAAUAAUUUACUGUUGUGGAUGGGGGCAGCAGCAAAACAUAUUUAAGCCACAUAAAUAAGGCUCACCUACUGUGAUGAGCACAUAGAUGGGCAACUGAAGCCAUUAACAGCUUUCUUGUCAAGACCUGUCUGAUUCGGAUAAUGCAGUGAAAAUAUUCUGAAUAUAGCAUACGCAUAAAUUUUAUUGAUUCUUUGAGGUGGGCCUUUUUAGCGGCUAAAAUAAGUCUUGUUGCCAACCCUGUCCACAGCAGUGCAUUGCCUAGCUUCUGUGUUGGUACACCUGCCUGCUUCUCCAAAUCGGGGAUAUGCCAACCGCCAUCUACUGCAUAUAUAAUACACUGACUAUGAAUAAGUACCUCAUAAAACCCCACAUUUAAAGACUGGAACUAUACAUUAAAGCUCUCUUAAGGCUCUGGAGCUGCAUGUGGCUCUUUAGCCCCUCUCCAAUGGCUCCCUGUGGCUUUGACAAAAAAAAAAAUAUAUGGAAAUGAAUAACAGUUAUUUAUUUAACAUUUUAAUUUGUGUGUGUCAGUGCUUCAAGCCUACAAAAAUUCUUAUAUUCCUCAACUGUAAAAAUGUGAAGCCUCUAUACCAAAUAAAAUUGUUUUAACAUUUCAGCAGCUAAAAUGUGCGUACACAUUUUCCUUGAAAUUUUGCUGAACCUCAAUAGCAGUGGCUAGCCUUGAGUCUCUCAAAUCCAAAACAGUAAAAGUCUCUGAAUACAAUAGAGAAUUUAGUAGUGCCUGGAAAGAUUUGUUUGCUUUCACUGCCAGCUCUGCAGACUUAAAGUACCAAACAAUCAUAAAUAGUGCCCUGCAGAGUGGCCACCUUAUGGUAAACAUGAAUGAAUGCUCAUUUAGACUAUAAGUUUAGGCUAAUUUAUACUUGAUAGGCUGUUCUGCCUUCAUUAAAAGCCUUUAAUAUGUUUUGCGGCUCCACACAGAUUUUUUUAAAUGAUUAUUUUUGGUCAAAAAUAGCUCUUUUGAUAGUAAAGGUUGCUGACCUCUGUCUUAAAGGCUUUGCCAUUUUUCACAUUGUAUUGAGUUUUUCCUCCUCUGUGUUACGCUGCUGUAUAGAUGACAUGUACAGAGAAA